UGGUAGUUCGCAUUUCCUCUCGUUACUGUCAAAACCCUAACAGUUCUCCAGAUCUCUCACUCUCUCUCAAUUAUCACCGUCCUUUUUCCGAACUGCUUCCCCGCGUCCAUCUAUUACCACUAUCCUUUUUCCGAACUGCUUCGCCCUGCACCAAUGGCAUCAACUACAGAACCCACGGCACUUAGAAAAGAGGAGGAAGAUCAUGAUGCGGAGCCAUCGGCUGAAGAUGAGGAUACCGGAGCGCAGGUAGCCCCGAUCGUCAGACUUCAAGAAGUUGCCGUUACUACCGGCGAGGAAAAUGAAGACGUUCUUCUUGAUUUGAAAGCGAAGCUUUAUAGAUUUGACAAGGAAGGUAACCAGUGGAAGGAAAGAGGAGUUGGUACAGUGAAACUGUUGAAGCACAAAGAGACUGGCAAAAUCAGGCUUGUGAUGAGGCAGAACAAGACACUUAAGAUUUGUGCCAACCAUCUUGUGUUGCCAACUAUGUCGGUGCAAGAGCAUCAAGGAAAUGAGAAGUCGUGUGUGUGGCAUGCUUCUGACUUUGCUGAUGGAGAGCUUAAAGAGGAGUUCUUCUGUAUCCGUUUUCCCUCCGUGGAAAACUGCAAAGCUUUCAAGGACAAGAUUGAAGAAAUCACUGAAUCCUUGGAAAAGGAGGACAGCAAAGAAGGUGAUGCUGCUGCCAGUCUCAUUGAAAAGUUGAGCGUUGAGGGAAAAGACAAGGAGGAGGAGGAGAAACCAAAGGAAGAAAAGAAGGAUGAGAAUGAGAAAUCUGCUGAGGAAAAAUCAACUGAUGAAAAGUAAGGCCUUACAUGUGUUUACCUACUUCUAUUUGUUGGGCUGUUUUGUUUGAGAGAGAGAGAGAGAGAGAGAGAGAGAGGUUUGGAAAUGGGGUUAUCUUGUGUUAGGGAACCCAGUGUCAGAUGUUGCAGUCAUGAAACAAACAUAGUGUGUUAACACCCGAUUUGGGUCUUGUUUGAUUUUUUCUGGUGGGUGGGUGGGUGGGUUGGUCUGGAAUGGUGUGUCUUUGAAGCUUUAAGUGUCGGUCAGGUCAGGUCAGGUCUUGGUGCAAGCUGCCUUGUUAUCUAUCUAUCUCCCUCUCUAUCUGGUUGUCAGUAUACUCACAUUUGUAUUUUAAAGAUUAGACUGCUGCUGCUGUCGGGUUUAUUAU